CGGUAAUUGUAAAUGAUUUCCGGUGGUUAGUCUACCCGGUGCCAACUUCAAGACUAGGGUUCAAGUGAACUUCACAGAAAGAAGCCAAAUCCUAGAAUGGACACUGAUGUGGUAAAAAUAUCAUUACAACGAAGGCACCCUCAUGGUACAAUUGAUGAUUAGAACCACAAACACUUAAAACAACCAACUGCUAUCAAAGAAUUGCUUGAGUUUGGUGACACAAAUCAUUGAUGAUUGGCCUGUAUUGUAACUUGCUAUAAGAUUUUUAAUUACAAUUUUGCAAGAUGGAAUCCAAUACAUCCAGUAUAAUUUCCACAACAUUGACUCCAACCAGCGAUAUUUGUUCAUGUGUAGAUGAGGAUCGUUUUAUCGAUACAGAGCGUGCAGCUAAUCUACUGACAGGCUUCUCAAAACUUUAUCAAAAUAAAGAAUUUGUUGACGUUAUUUUGGUCGUCGGUAGCAGUGAGUAUCCAUGUCAUAAAAAUGUUUUGGCUGGAUCAAGUCCUUAUUUCAUGGCCAUGUUUUCUAACAACAUGGCCGAACGUCAUCAGGAGAAGGUAACUCUUAAUGAUAUGGAUGCUCAAACCCUGUCUUUAGUAUUAGACUAUAUUUAUACAGGUCAAGUCAUGUUGACAGAGGAGACUGUUCAAAACUUACUGUCUGCCUCCAAUCUCUUUCAGUUAAUCUCAUUACGCGAUGGUUGUGCUCAGUUUAUGAUGAAUCAUGUCACUGUUAGCAACUGUAUUGGUAUUUAUUUUUUUGCCAAGGCCCAUCAGUGUGAAAUUCUUGCUUCAAAAGGUAAAGAAAUGAUAAACAAUCAGUUCUCAACGUUAUGUCAUCAACAAGAAUUUUUACUUCUUCCUGCUGAUAAAUUAGUUGAAAUAAUCAAAGACAGUGAUAUAUGCGUGGAUCGAGAGGAAGUUGUGUUUGAGGCUUGUAUGGAGUGGUUAAAUCAUGACACAGGAUCAAGAUCAAAAUUCCUUGUAGAUAUUAUCAAUUGUGUUCGAUUUGCAAAUAUCAGUUCUUACUAUUUCUGUGACAAAAUUGUCAAAAAUAAAUGUUUAAAUGACAACGAAGAAAUACGCAAAAAAUUGGAUAUGAUUCGUUAUUAUCAUAUGUUACGAAAUAGACAGCAAGAAAUGGAUUUAAACUUGAUGCCGAGAAAAGGAAUGCCUUACGAACGAGGGGUAAUGAUUCUAGCCAAUCCAUACACAGAAGAUGCUUUAAAGAAAUAUAACACAAUGGAAUUAUUACUGCCUAAGUCAGGGGAAGUAAUCACGAUUUGUCGUCUGCCACAAAGCCUAUAUACACCAGAUGGUGAAAUUAAAAAGGAAAAACCCAAAGAUUACAUAGGAAGUUUUGCUGAUGCUGUUGGCAUUACUUUAAUAAAUUUAGAAAGUUGUGAGUUUCCUGCAGUUCCUGAUCUAACUAAUGGUGUGGUUUUAGACCUGUAUAGAGAGGUUUGUGAGAAGGAAAGGAUAAAAAAGUCAUACAACUUACAACUUUGGACAGGUUGGAUAAAAAAGUUAGCCAACAUACCCAACAAUGUACACCCAAGUGAAAUUCAGAAGUUUAUUGAAGAUCUGCACAGUAAGCGAGAUAAUUUGAGACGUAGACGAAAAGUUGCAGCAAGGAUCAACUUAGAUAACUCUAAAUUUUGUUUCUCUUCAUUAAAUUUGGUAACUGAAGAUAUUAAUGGUACUGGUGCAGAGGAAAAUACUUUUUCUAUAGUCAAUAACUUAGAUAGUGAAAUUAUAAAAAAGAAGAAAUACAUAUCAAGACUUAAUAACAAAUCUGUCUAUUUCAUGUUCUUAAACAUGCAUUGUGCAAGAGCUAAAUCUGCCUAUUGCAGGUCUUUCUUUAGGCCUGAAAUGUUUUCUAAAGUAUUAAUUAGACAUUGAUUAACUGAUCCAGGCCUUAAUCAACUCUCAGAUUUCUCCGAUAUUAAAUAGAUUAGAAUGGUUCGUCAAUACUUAGAUUUAAUCAAAUAUGGAGGACCGAGACUAAGCUUCGAUCAACCAGUAUGAUGGUUGAAAUAAUUGCACACGUCUGUCAAACCUUCAAAGGCUAAUAUCUUCGCUUGCAAUUGAGUAAUUUGAAUGAAAUUUUCAAAUUAUUCAUUUUACAUCAUCUACUUUCGAACUAUUAUAGCAAGAAUGGCUAGUUCUUUAUCUAAAUCUUACAUAAUGUAUCUUUAAUGAAGGUGUUAUCAAUUAAGCUGAUCUUCUGUUAUCUGUAAUGUUACAUCAUGUCCAACCCCCAUGGGCAGAAUCACGCCCAUUUUCUUUUUGUGUGUCUGUUUGUUGCCUACAGGUGACAAUUCUUAAAGAUGGGUUCCCGCAUACAAACUGGGUGAUUUAAUGGUAUAUAUGGACCAAAAACAUAUUCAAACUAAUUAAUUUGUCAUAAUUUUGCUUCAAAUCCUUCUCAAACAUUGUAAUUGCAAAGGAAUGCCCUGCUAUUAAAAUUCGAUCAAACCAGGGCAUGUUUACGUCAUGUCUUGGGAGUCAGAGGAGAAUUCAUUGCAUACAUAAGACGAUGUUGUCUUUAAUCGCUUACUAUUUAUUACAAAUAUCGAAUCCUAAUUAAAUUCUCGGAUUAUACACUACCCGCAUCUUUUUCCGUCAUUUUUAUCUCAGAAAGUAUUGUACGUCUAACUCUUCAUGAAGUUUAUCAACUUGUACAUCAAGCGCUCAAUGUUCGCUUGUGACCUUUGACAUCACGCGUGCAGAAGUUCCUAAUCGUCGGGCUGUUGAUUAAGGGAACCCUUACAUUUUUGUCCUGUAUACGCUCCAUGAGUGUUUUUCGGGGAAUCCAGUAUUUUUCUAGUAAGAUUGGAUAUCUGUACUUUCCAUAUAUACCAAAAUUGCCGUACUUUUAUUGGAAAUAACCACCCGAUAAAUACUUUUCUGGGAACCCAUCUUUAAUCAAUCGUCUUGAAAAAUGUUCAUAUUUAUUCCUUAUACCCUAAGGAUGAUGCCUAUUUUUUUUGGUGCAUGCCUGACAACCAGUGGCAGAGCCACGCCCAUUACUUAACAUAUCAUCUUGAAACUUUGCAUACUUAUUUCUUUUAUCCUUAGGAACAUCCCUAUUAAUUUUGGUGCUUGCCCGACCCCCUGGGACAGAGCCACGCCCAAUUUUUGUGUCUUGUGUUUCGCCUACAGGCCGCAAUUCUUAACAGAUCCUUUUGAAACUUUGCCUACCUCUUCCUUAUGUAUGACCCCUAUUGUUUUUAGUGAUUGCCCGACCCAAAGGGGCAGACCCAUGCCCAAUUUUUGUGUUUAUCUUUUACAGGCCGCAAUUCAGAAUGGAUCAGCUUGGUACUUGGCAUAUGUAUUCCUUAUAGCCUAAGGGCAGCAACUAUUGGUUUUGGUCGAUGCCCAGACCCCCAGGGACAGAGCAAUGCCCAAUUUUGCCUUUAGCACCCAAAGGCCACAAUUCUGAAUGGAUUAUCUUGGAACUUGGUAUACUUAUUUCUUAUACCCUGAGGACGGCAACUACUGAUAUUGGUGCCCUUAUGGCGGUGCCACACCCACUUUUUGUUCAUACUUUGAUACUUUGUUUGUAAAUGUCGAAUCCCUGGUUGUACGUGACAAGGAGUAGGGUCGCCUUUCCAACCUCAUGGGUUUUCUCCGGUUCCUCCGGUUUCCUCCCACUGCUAAAGACCCCUACGCGCAAGCGAAUUAUGUAAAUAAAAUUUUAAAAAACAUAUGUUAGUCCGAAAUGACCUAGUUUGUGUCGAGUGGACGUUAAACCCCAUUUCUCUCUCUAACUCUUUGUUUGUAAAUGAUAUACAUGUUGCAAUUAUUAACAGAUUUGAAUCCAAUUCAGAAUGAUCCAGCAUGGGAUUGUACCCAUUUUGAAAUGAACCAGCCAGAAUUGGGUCAAAUGAGGUCCUGGUAGGAACUGGGUUUUAAAAU